UUCAGACGGGACUUACAAGGAUCUCCAUUUGAUAUAUUCUUCUUGCCACCAUUACAAUGUGUGUAUAAAUUUGAUUACUAUAUCGACCCAGAGGAUCUCUACGAUCAUAAUCAUGACGAGAACAGGAUACAAAACGAUGCAUAUCAGCAUUUAUUUUUAGGUUGGAAGAUCGCAGCACUUUCCGGAUGCGGGUCUGCGGUGAUAUUCACAGCAUCUGCGUUACUUUUGGCCGUAUGUGCUUUCUGCCAUAGGACUUUCAUUUGUGCCUCAACAGUUCUUGUCACAGUGGCUGCCAUAUUAUCUAGCAUUGGCGUAUCAGUUUUUUAUGCAUGGGCGAAUUAUCAGGACAACAAAGUAAUCAAGGAGGAGGAAGAUACCAUCUAUGAGCAAAUUCUUGGAUGGGCUUUCUACUGUCAAGUUGUCGCCGCUUUAGUGACCUGGUUGGCAUCAAUGCUUGGAUGCUGUGUUACAUCGGUGUCAUUCAGCAAAACUAGAGCUAAACUUGUCAAAAUUGAGGCCAUUUAUCGCGUUGAUUCUCAAUCACUCCGACAAUGGGAGCGAGACUAUAUUCGGAAUGCACAGGGGCAUCAGCAACGGCAAGAGGACGAGGCAAGUCGCGCGUUCAAGAGAACAACAUCGGUGCCAAACUAUUCCAAGAAGCAGCGAGCUGCCGCGCAAAAAAAGUUGGCAAGUCGAUCCGGUCGUGACCUUUUCUCCUCCACCAGCAAUAUGACGGAAACUACGCAUACAGGAUCCAUAAAUACUUUGGAAAGGAAUCAAUCGCGAAGCAUCUCUUCUCAACCAGUACCGCCAGCGAUUCCCUCUCCUCAUCCUACUUCGAAGUUAAAGUCUGCUUUGAAGACACCACAGCAGUCAAGAAAAAGCAUAAACUUUGAUGAUAGCGAUAUUACUUAUGAGUAUCUCCCAUGUGACGAUAUAUCAGUGGGAGUUUCGAGCCUCUCAGGCACGAGCGAUAUUACUUAUGAGUAUCUCCCAUGUGACGAUAUAUCAGUGGGAGUUUCGAGCCUUUCAGGCACGAGGCAGCCUUCGUCACGACGAACAUAUGAUCCAGUUUAUGAGCAGAUUGGUCAAGAAGCCUAUUUAGAGCCAGAUAGCGUACGUCAGCGUUCUAAUCUUGCAUUAAAUGUUGACCCAACUAUCAGAACUUUACCAGCAUCUCAACCUCCGCAUGGGUCUUCACAGUCCGUACCAGUUGGCCAGCCAAAGACUACCGUAAUAGAUGAUGUAGCUAGACCCUCCUCCUCGAUGGAUUCGAAUAAGAAUCGACCAACCCACCCUUUGGUCACAAAGUCUUCACAAGCUCCAGUAGAAAGGGUGCACCUGCCAGGAGCGUUUCGCCAAAAGAACGAGGUCACAGUAGUAGAAAAAACUGCCACAAAAUCUACAAGUUUUCCUGCUACCCCUUGUCCUGAGUCCAAGCCUCCGCUAUCUAUACGUGAAUUUGGCAUUGAAGUCAUCCCAAAACCUGGAUACUGUGAUGUUGAGACUAGCUUCCGCAGUCAGGGCACUUCAGAUCCCAUCAGCAAAGUCAAAUAUGCAGAGCUAGGUGGAGGGAAAAGUGUCGCUGAUACGAACACUCUCUCCGCUCCAUCUCCACUAAAGUAUAUUUCCGUCGAAAAAGCCAAUAUAAAGCGAUUGGACGAAUUAGUUGGGCGUCCUUCUACUUCUAUAGGCAAGUCCAUAACAAAUCUAACAUUCCGUCCUCAAUCCACUACCGGUGCUUCGGAAGUUUUUGAACGUCCAGACUCCAUGAGCCUCGAGUCGUCGUCAAUGAUCAGUACAACCCCACGAAAGUCGCCUGUCCCUCUCAAGCAACUCGUCCAUAGGAAACUUCUCACAACCCUGCCCGAUGAGGUGGAUCGCUCGAUAGGUUCAUCGACCAUAAUUGAGAAUGAAACAAUGCGGAAUAGCACGGAUUCCUAUGCUAGAGAUGCUGAGAUUCGUCUCAAUUUGUUUAUGAACGAUAAGACUAAGGAUGAAACAACUGUAUAA